AUGGAUUAUAGGGAGCCUAGGAGUUGGUCUUGUUUUGAUACUCGCAACAUACUUAUCUCUGUCUCAUACAAGUCAUCCAUCUGCUGUGCCCUCACCCCAGGAAGUCGUGCAAAAGAUCCUGAUGGAAAGACCUCUCAUAAAUUUCAUAUUCUUUGGACAACAAGUUUCUGUUGUGCUUCAGGACGGUCUAUCAGCUGCAAAUCAGAGAACUUGAAGCCAACUAAUGGUAUCGCCAAAUUAAUAUUCCUAAAGCAAUGGAGACUGAUUUGUUUGACAUGGAGAAACCUGUUGUUUUCACAAAUGAAGAAAUUCAUUCUUCAAUUGAUGAUUUCUCUGAUUCAAAUCUACUUGGGCAUGGGACUUAUGGUUCUGUCUACUAUGGAGUUCUUCGAGACCAAAUGGUUGCAAUCAAAAGAAUGACAGCUACUAAGACUAAAGAAUUCAUGGCAGAGAUGAAAGUUUUAUGCAAAGUCCAUGCAAAUUUG